AUGAAUACAUAUGAGGAUGAGAAGAACAGAAUAGCACUGAAAAAUAUAAUUGAUGAGAGAAAUAAGAAGAUUGUCAAAACUCCAUUACCUUAAUUCUAUUUAGAUUAGGUUUGUGGAAUUGCAGAUAGACCAAUCAGCAACCAGUUGACAUUCAUAUAAGGAAAUCUAAUUGUGUUUUAUGCAUCUAAUAUGAUUAUAGUUCAGAAUGUAGAGACAGGAUAAUAAUAAUUUAUACCAGGAAGAUAUAAAAAUGUGACUGCGAUUGCUGCUGCAAUGAGAAAGGAUGGUUUAAUGAUUGCUGUUGGUGAAAACUUGGAAUAAUCAUCAAAUUUAGUUAUUAUAAUAAAGGAUAAAAUAAGAACUAUCUCAUUGUAAUGCAAAGGAGCUAUUUCUUUAAUUUAAUUGAAUGUAGAGAAGUAAUAUUGUGGAUUGCAAAUCUCAAAUUAGAUAUAAAUUUGGAAUUAUGAAAAGGAAAGACUCUUGGCAUCAGCAGUUGUUAAAGCACCUUUCGAGAAAUUUAGCUUUCAUCCCUUGAAACAUAAACACAUUUUGUUAUCUGGGCAUAAUUAUUUAAGAUUAUGGGAAAUGUAAUUUCAAGAAAAAUAAAUUAAAGAAACCCAUGAGACACUGAUUCCACUGAAAAUAGAAAAAGAGAAUAAAUUUUUAGAUCAUGGAUGGGUCAUGCUCUCAGCAAAUUAAGCUUUGUUAGUCUUAUUAGCAGCUGGCAAUAAGAUUCUUAUUCUAAUUAAUGACCAUUUCAAAAAACCUAUUGAUAUUGAUCCUCAAAAUUUAAAUUUCAUUGAUGCUCCUGUAUAGGAUUUCAAUGCAGAAGAUAAUGACGAUGUGAUGGGUAUUAAUUCUGCACUUGAAGAUGCUAUUAAAGAUAAAGUGGGAUAAAUUGUAAUGAAUAAUCAAACUAAAUUAACUCAAAAUACAACAAUAAUGACUUAACAAUAAUUGGAAUUCUAAUGUUUAUCAACUACUAAAAAAGGAUUCAUCUUAGGAGGUACAAAAGGAGCUGUAUGCAUUUAUGAAUUUGAUAAAAAUUAUAACAUUGUAAGUGCCAUGUCUUUUAAUAUGAAGAGUAAUAGAGGAGAACAUAAAGUUAUCUAAAUAUCUAAUAGCGGUGAUCAACUCAUUUCCAUUAUAAGUUUAUUUGGUAAUCAAUUGUAUUAUAGUAUUUUGAAUACUGCUCAAAUGGAUACCGAAGUUAGUCCCAUCUAACCAUUCUUUGCUGCAGGGUUUCAUAACAAAAGAGUUAAUUCUAUCUCGCAUGCUAAAAUUAAAUAAGUUUUUGUUACUUGUUCGGAAGAUAAUUCUGUUAAAAUUUGGAAUUAUUAUCAAAAUGAAAAUAAUGACAAAAAAGGAGUCUUAAGCAAAUAUUUCAAAGAAGAGCCCGUAUGUGCUUCUAUGCAUCCAUUUGGCUUAUUUGUUGCUGUAGGAUUUACUAAUGGGUUUAAGGUGUUUGCCAUCCUGAAUGAAGGUUUCUUUCCUCUUAAAGAUGUCACCCUAAACAACUGUAAAAUUGUUAAGUAUAGUCAUGGUGGCCAUAUGCUUAUUACUAAUGAAAAAACUAAUGUGUACAUUUAUGAUGCCAUUUAUUAUGAACUCAUUCAUCAAUUUGAGUUUCAUAAUUCACCUAUUAAAGAUAUUGCCAUAUCUCUAAAUGACCAAUAUAUAGUUAGUACUUGUACAAGUGGAUAUGUAUAUUGUUACAAUUUAGCAGAACUAAAUAAUAAUGUCAUCAGAGAGUAAAAACAUUAAGAAUAAGGAAUUUUCAAUUCUAUAUAAUAUGAUGAAUAUUUUAUAGGUUGUACUAAUGAGAAAUUGAUGGUGAUUUUUGAUUAACAUUUCAAAUUAAUUACUGAGUUCCAUGUAACUGAUUGUUACCUAACCAAAUUAUUAAUGACCGAUUAACAUAUUAUUGCAGGUACUUCUAAGGGAACUGUGAGGAUAUAUCCAAUUAGAGAUGAGGAUAAUUUAGAAUUAGAAUUAAUAAAUUAAAAAAAUGAAACUAUGUAUAAAUUACCUGAAUGUUAUGAAAUUUCAGUUCAUGCUACUGCUAUCACUUGUAUUGAUUACGACGGUUAAUAUAUAUUUACAGGAUGUGAGGACGGAUCAGUUUGUUUGUUGAAAUCUAAAAGCGAGAUCUCAGAAGAAAGACAAAGGAUGGCUGCAGUUUCAAAUGAUCUUUAUUUAGAAGUCAUAUUUAAGAUAUAAAAAGAAAAUGAUAGGAUCUAAUCAAAAAACUUUGAAGUUAUCAAAUCUGAAUAAACUGUGAGGAUAGAAACUGCUAAAUUGGAGACUUAAUUUAAAUAGAAAAUUGAUCAAAUGACUAAGAAAUUUCAAUAAACUAUGUCUGAUGAUAAGAAUUUAAAGGAUAAAUUUGUUGAGAAAUCAGAAUAGGAUUAUGAUCAAUUAUAUAGUUAAUAUAUGGAAGAGAAAGUUAAAUAUGAAAAUGAAAUUAAUAAACUUAAAUAAUAACAUAUUGAAAAAAUAGAAUAUGAGGAAUCUAGAAAUCAAGAAAUUGAAGAUGAGAUUUAAAAAGUAUAAGAACAACAUAAAAAUGAUUUAUAAUCUUUAUUAGAAUAACACAAAUAGGAAUUGAAAUAAAUGAAAUUAUAAUUCUAUGAAAAAUGUAGAAAAGUCUAAGUCAAAUACUCUAGUGUUGUUGAUAAUGCUAAAAAUUAUGGAACCGCCUUUAUUUAGAGAUUAGAGAAGGAAGAGGCUGAAUACGAAAAGGAAAUUGAUGAAUAAAUAAAAGAUUUGGAAAAUCAAAUUGCAAAAGUCAUUUAGGAUAAUGAGAAAUUGGAAAAAGAGAACAGAGAAUUAGCAUCUUAAUUUGAAUAAUUAAAAAAAGAUGAUGAUGACUUGCAAAUUUAAUUCAAUGAGUUAUUUGAUGAACACAAUAAAAUUAGACUUGAAAAUCUAAAAAAUGAUGAUGAUAUUUUGAAGAUGUAACAUCAAUUACUUGAAAGAUUAUAAGUUAUUGAUUCAAAAGAAGAAACUUGUAAAGCUGCUAAGGAUGAAUAAAUCAAUUUGGAAAAUUUCAGAUAUAUGCUAGAUUAGAAAAUCAAAAGUCUUCAAAAUGAUAAAUAAUUAUUGCUUGACAAAAUUACUGAUAAAGAAUAUAAAUUAAGAGUAAUGUUCAAAGAAUUGAUUGAUGAAUCAAAUAAGAAUGAAAUGAAGUAUUAACAAUUAGUUUAAUUACGAGGAUAGUUAGAUGUUAUUGAAACUUAAAUUAAAAAAACUGAAAUUUAAAUCUUCUUAAAUGCUAAUAAAUUGAAAAAUUAUGAAAGUACCUUAUUAUCCAUCAUGAAGAGCAAUGAUCCUCCCAGUCUCAUAGCAUAGAAAUUGAGACAAAUCAUUAAUGAUAAAGGGGAAGAAAACGAAGAAAUCGAAUAAUUAUCAUAAAAGAAAUCCAUUUCCAAUAAAGAUAUUAAGGACAUAAUCAAAUUGAAACAAGAUAAACCUAAUGAAUUAAAUGAAGAAUUGCUAAGAUAAGGUUAAUGGAUGACUAAGAAAUUAUAUCUUAUUAAAGUAACUUCGGACAAGUUAAAGAAGAUCAGGGAUGACAACAUAAAUACUAUUUUCAACUAGAAUACUAAACUUAUUGAAGAAUGUAAUAUGCUCAGAAGUGAAAAUGACAGGUAUUCAAAAAAGAUCAAACAUGUUGAAAAAUUAGUAAAAGAUGCAGACAGAUUACUAUAAAGAUUAAAGCCGAAGUUGAACAAAUAACCAAAAUUAAAUCAAAUUGAAAAAUAAAUUGAAGAAUAGAAACAAAAAGUUCAAAAUUAGAAAACUAAGCUUUCUAAUUUAAAGGAUUCUAUGAGUUAAAUCUUAAAAAAGUCAGUUGUAGAUUGAUAUUAAUCAAUAUAAUAAUAAUUAUUAAUAUUAUUUAUUAAUUA